UCCGCCAGUCUCCUCGGAAGUACGUUCUGCGCAUGCGUGAGCUCAUUCUGGAGACUUCGCGUCAGGGUCCAAAAUAAAGAGAAACACCGUGUCUUCAUCGACUGUACGUGGCGACGGUGGUGUUAGAGGUUCUUCUAUUCUUGGCGGCCGGUCCGAGCCACAGUCAUGGUGUGCAUUCCCUGUAUUGUGAUUCCUGUCCUGUUGUGGGUCUAUAAGAGGUUCCUGGAACCUUUCCUCUACCCUUUCAUUUCACCCAUUAUCAACACAUUCUGGACCAAAAAAGCAGUCCAGGAAAAUGGCACAAGUGACCAAAAAGUCAGUGAGAAGAGUAAUGGGACUUGUAAGGCUGAAAGCAAUGGUGAGGUCACAGCCAAUGGAUCCACUACAGCGACAGAUAAGAAGACAGACUGACAGCACCAAAUGUUUAUAAUAAUGCCUCUAAAACAAAUGUGUAAAUAUUCCAUUAAUAUAAUGUAGAGAAACUAUUAAUUAACUUAUCAGUCUUCUUUGAAUGGAGUGGUUUUUCUAGCCUUCCAUAUUCUUUGUACCAGGUUUUACAUUUUUUUUUUCAUUUACAGUAAAUUUUUUAGAAAUUGGUUAUUCUUCAUUAUAUUUUACUUGCGAUCAUUAAUUGAUUCAUGCCUUCACUGUAUUGAAUAUUAGUUCUCAAUGCGAUAGUUUUUUAAGUCAAACCUGCAGUUUAAUGAAUGAAUAAACGAGAACAUUCAAAAGAUGCUCAUUUAUUGCUCCCA